GCCGGCGCCAGCGGCUACACCUGGCAGCGGCAUGGUCACAAUCAACGCAGUAGCCGUGCCUCUCGUAGUGACGGUCGUGCCAGAAAACUCUACAUUAAGGGUCAUUACAUAUUACAUCCUUUAUGCAUGAUGAGUGGUAUUGCAGUACCCACUUUUUUUAACGUCUUUGACCUCUUUGAAAAGAAGUCACUGAUCAUGCCCUGAAGGAAAAACGCAAUGUUUGUCGUAAGCUCUAACCACGUCUGAUGUGAUUACCGUAUUGCCACCCAAAGGCGGGCUGCCAACGUCGAUAACGCUUCUGCCGGAACCAGUGACAACGACAAC